AUGGAUUUGAGAGCGAACAAGCAUUUCAGUACAACGAGGAUUGAUGGGACAGACUCGGGGUAUGCGUCACUCAACUGCCAGCCUUUAGUAUGCCUCCAGUGUGGCAAGACUUUCAAGAACAAGGCCGAAGAGAAAAAACAUUCUUCAACACACAGUCGACCGUUCAAGUGCCGGAUCAAGAAUUGCACCAACACGAAAGGCUUUGCAACAUCCAACGAUCUCGAGAGACACCAGAAGGACAUCCAUCUGAUCAAACCAAAGCACGGACCUCAAUCGUAUUACAGAUGUGUGUUACCAAUAUGUUCGAAGCGGGAGAAAAUAUGGUCCCGGAAAGACAAUUUCAAAGCGCACAUUAGUCGAAUGCACAAGCAUAUAGCCAUGGAUAUCGACCAGCUUGUCGCAAGAUCAGAGAUGACACCCACUCCAGCAGAGAUGGAGCAUCUGGCGCGUGCUAAGCACGCACAAGCACAGAACAGAAGUAAGGGAAAGCAACGUACCAACGAGCAGCCAAGGCAAUCAAGCACAGCACAGUGCACCAAGGCUAGACUACAGGUCGAGACAGCGCAAGCAGCAAUUCCCCUAUGGCAGACCAACAUGCCAGGCUAUCUGGACGAUAUGCCUAGUGAAGCGGCUGAGAUGGGACGGAUGAGAGUUGCAAACACGUUGGUUCCGAACGUGGUGCUGAGUUAUCCAUAUGGGCUACCAGCCACACAAGAAGGGCAUGAUGGGUUCAGUGGACGACACAAUAGUACGGAUGGGGGAUGGGAUGACAUGUCAGAUUGCAGCUUCGCGUAUUCACAUGAGAGCUCGGCGUUUGGUGGAGGAACGAGCGAUUUUGGUUGA